AUGGUCUUCUUUCAUCCUGCCAUCCUCCUUACCAUCGUGACCUCUUUCGUCGGUCUUAUCGUGGCUCCAAUUUCCGUUCCCGUGAUCAUCCUGAACAGCGAUCACGGCAUCAAGUACCUUUGGAACGAAGCCGUCGAAGGCCGAUUCCGAUAUGACUUGAGCCGUGACUAUCCGCCUCUACACACGCCUUGGCAGGAAUUCCUGAGUCGUCGUGGCGGCGGAAUUGUCGGCAACCACUACACAAACACGCGAGGAGAAAUGGGAUGGAACGCUGCUGAUAGAGAAGCGACUGGCAGCGUCGGGAUUUCGAUGGGCCGAACGGUGAAGAAGUUUCAGGAGAGUAUGGACAUCUGGAAUCGGCUCAACAGCGAAUGGGUCCUGCCCGGCUACCACAACUCCUUCACCAAUACUCCGCCCACAAAUGGCUGGAUCAACUUUUUGAUGAAUCAAGGCGAGAAUGCCGUACUCCGAUCACUGAUCCGAUUCACCAAAGAUCCAUUGGAGGAAAAAUCAUUCAAAGUCGUGCAUCCUGUAGCGAGGAAAGUAGCGGCAUUUUUGGUCGAGGACUACGCCAGGUAUCUCGAAACCGAUCCUCAUAACGUAUUGGUCUAUGAGGCGUUGAAACGGAUUCAUCUGGAGAGAAUAGCUGCAGCCGACGAAGCUGCUAAGGUGGGCGAAAGUGGAGGAGCACAGGCGUUGGAAGGCGGCGAUAGUGAAACUAGCGAGGAGGAAAGUGAUCCGGCGAGCCUGUAUUCUCCCGACUCUUUGUCGCCAAGCAGCUCGUCGAAGUGA